CAUCUGCAACAUGGACUUAUAGGUUUAACACAGCAACAUAAUAAACAUACACGAUUAUGAUAUGAUAUUUCAAGUUUAACAAAUUAAAGCAAAGCUAAAAUUAAGCUGCUUUCGUGCACAAAUGUAAAUCAAUUAAGCUAACACAUUCCGCUAGAAAGGAUUUAUUCGGAUCAGUGCCAUGCCAUGUGUUACUUGAACAAGAAUGCUAUUAAUAUGAAUAUAAAUAAUGAACGGUGUACCGGAAAAUUCCGAACAAUUUACUAGUCUCUAUAUUGUCUUUUAAAAAUGAGGCGGACACGCACUUUUAUUCAUAUUGUGUGUAUAAAUAGAUACGGAGUUCAGCAACAAUAUGUUAAGAACUUUUGAAAAGAAAGCUGAUAAAGAUGGCAUUGCGACGUUUGUCGUGCAUUCUCUUGUCGAUUUAUGCUGUCAUCGCUCUCGUAACUUCACAGCAAACGUCCACCGGAACAGCAGGAAAAUGCAGAUACUUCGGAUUCGAAUUCAGUGAUAAAGCGAUCUUCUGGGCGAUAGAUGGAUGCAAUAACUGUAGUUGCAAUUCUGGAAACGUUGUGUGCACACUUAAACUGUGUCCAGGCGUUUGUUCACAAGCCGGAAUAAGCUACAAGGAAGGGGACAUCUUCCCGUCUCAGUAUGGCUGCGGGAGCUGCGUGUGUCACAAGGGCACGGUGAAGUGUGAUUACGUGACUACGUGUGCCGAUUUCACACCCCCUGGGCUCCAGGCUUUGGUAUCAGAGCCGUGUACAUCAGGUGAGGUAUUCUCGGAUCGCGGGGAAUGCAAUAUCUGCGAAUGUCAAGAAGAUGGAAUAGCAUUUUGCACUCUGUUGGUUUGUGAAGGUUGCUGGCAAGCUCUGGUACAAUACAAAGAAGGCGACACGUUUCCCUCCAAAUAUCCAUGUGGAGACUGCGUGUGUAAUAAAGACUCCGUAAAAUGCGACUUCUCUAAGUGCGAUUUUAAUGGAAGGUACAAGAAGCAGUGUUUCGACAAAGGCAAACCGUAUAGGCAUGGUCAGACUGUUCCAAGCACAAAGAGAUGCGAACGGCGUGUUUGCCAGAACGGACGAGUCCAAUGCAAGAAAGUGCGAUGCUAGAGCGUUGUUAUGUGUGUAAAGUGUUGCGUGCUUAGUUGUAUCAAUUAAAAACACAACAAUACAAGUUUGUCAUUUCGUUUGUAAAGUCACCGUUGGUAUCUAAAUAUCAACUUUUCAAAAUUCCUUUUGCGUACAUUUUAAACGAUAUUAAUUUAAUAUAUUCGUAAUGCCUGGAUAUGGUCAUAAACAAUACCCAGUAGAAUCUUCAAUAAUACGAAAAACGUUAAAUGCUUUAUGUCAAGAAAUACUUCUUUUUUUAAGCAUGUUUGUGUCAGGUGACAUAUGUGUCGCGUUCUGAGAAAACUGGGCAUAAUGCAUGUGCGUAAAGUGUCGUCUCUGAUUAGCCUGUACAGUCCGCACAGGCUAAUCAGGGACGACACUUCAGCCUAAAUUGGAUUUUUGCUAAGA